GUCAUCAGUUCAAUUGUCAUUUCAGAUCAGAAAAGAAAAGUGUCGUUGCAUUUCUAGAUUUUUACCUUUCGUUAAAUUAUAUAAAAUUUAAUGCUUUUCUAUGGAUUUAGUAUAAUUAAAAACGUCGUACUUAUUAAUUUUAAUUAUGUUCUGGAGCGGCAAUUAUAUAGUAGUUAGGGAGUUGAAAUGUCUCUUAAAAGAGGAGAACGUUACGUUGACUCAAGUUCUCGAGGCGGACGACAUUCUCCAAGAAUGCAAGGCAGACAACAAAGCGUUAAUACAGUUCCUCACAAGACCAGAUAUACUGGCUGAACUCAUAACUCUUAUCAUAGAAGAACCACCAAAAAAUGUAGAACUGUCAUCACAGUACAGACAUGCCAACAUAGCCAGUGAAGUACUCACCAGCAACCUGUCCAUGCUGCGCGACCGGCUGUCCAUGGAGGCCACGCAGAUGAACAGGCUCUGCGACUUUGUGAACAGGGACCCUCCCCUGAACCCUCUGCUGGCGUCCUACUUCAGCAAGACUGUUGAAAUGUUGCUGGAGAGGAGUCCAAAGCAGGACUGGUACCUGCACAACAUAGUGUGCCUGCACGUGCUGGACACGUUCAAGGCGCGGCGCGACUUCCUGCCCAACCUGCUGCGCCACAUGGCCACCUCCGCCGUGUGCGACACCUUCACCUGCUUCCUGCAGCUGGCGGCGCCCUUCGACAACAUUAUACUGGAGUGGUUAGACAAGCACCAGUUCCUUGAGAGCCUCAUCCAGAUAAUCUGCGGCACGUUUGACCCUGAGGAAGCAUUGGCCGCCGCGCUGGCGUCCGCCGCGCCGCCGCCCGACGAGCAGGCGGGCGACACGCCGCACAACCAGCACAGCGAGCGGCUCGACGCCAACCACAACGCGGAGGGAGACGACAGCGCGCCCACUGACGCCGAAGUGAACAACAGCGCUUCGGCGGCCACGAACGGCGAGACGGCGGACGACGCGGCGCUGCGCUCGGAGCGCGCGCGCGCCGUGGCCGCCGCCAACGCCGCCGCGCUGCUGUGCGACAUCGCCACGGUGGCCGACCCGUACAAGAGCGGCUGGAACGCCGGCCGCGCGCUCGCCAAGCGCCUGCGCGGCGAGGACGCGGUGCGGCGCCUGCUGCAGGCCGUGUUCACCAGCCCCGCGCGCGCGCGCCGCGCCGCGCUGGUGCACGCCUGCCGCCUGCUGCUGGCGCUGCUGGCCGACGGCGAGGACGCGGGCGGCGUGGAGCGCGCGCUGGCGCCGCACCUGCCGCUGCUGCACCACGCGCUGCUGCAGGGCGAGGCGCGCGUGGGCGCGGCGCGGCUGGCCGUGGCGGCGCUGCUGGCGCGCCUGGCGCUGUCGGAGGCGGAGGACGUGCCCACGGCGCUCAUCAGCCUGGGCUCGGCGGCCGUGCUGCUGGAGCUGCUGUUCCGCUUCCCGCACAACAACUUCCUGCACGCGCAGGUGUGCGCGCUCGUGCUCAACGCGCGCGCCAACCGCCUGUUCUCGCACCGCUACACCGCGCACCUGAUCGAGGAGUGCGACCUGCUGACGCGCUUCAUGGACGCCUUCGAGCAGAACGAGGAGGCGGCCGGGCGCCGCGGCGUGCGCGCCGGCUACAUGGGGCACGUGCUGGGCGUGCUGCGCUCGCUGGACGCCGCGCCGCCCGCGCUGCCGUCGGCGCUGCAGCAGCGCUGGGACGCCUUCCGCGAGGACAAGCUGCGCCCGCUGCUGCAGCGGCACGACACUCCGCUCGGUGGCAUCUACCCGUGGGAGAACAACAUGUAUGAGGUGGGCGCCAGCAUGCAGGUGCACAUGGACGGCAUGGGCGACUCGCUGGAGGACGGCUACGAUUUCAACGAGACAGCGGCGAGCUACGAGGAGGGUGCGGAGGUGUGGGAGCCGCUGGCCGAGCCGCUCGCCGAACCGCUCAGCGAGCCGCUCGCCGAGCCGCUCGACGGACCGCGCGAAGAUCCAAUGAGCGCGCUGGACGAGAGCAAGCGGACCUACUUCCUGGAGCUGCUCAAGAGCAGACAUUCCUUGUUCGAUGAUGACCAGUGGGACGACGCCGAGCCGGCGCCGAGCGCGCUGCAGCACGACUCGCCGUGGGAGGGGUCGGGAGGGGGCGGCGCGGGCGGCGAGGAGGGCUGGGCGCAGUUCGAGCCAGACGCGGCGCCGCCCGCCGACCCCUUCGCGUGCGCCGAGCGCGCGUUGCCCGCCGACGCCUUCUGGUCGCCCGAAGCACGCGAGCAACCGGAGGCGGCGGGCGGCGCGCCGGCGGCGGGCGCGUACGAGGACACGCUCACCGUGCUGCUGGCGCGCAAGAUGCUCACCGCCUUCCGCCACAUGCCGCCCGACGAAGCGCCCGCCGCCUUCCCGCUGGCUGACCCGGCCACGGAGGACGCUCCGCCGAGCUCCAGAGAGAGCCCACCUCCGGACGCCGAGAGUCCCCCACCAGACGUCGAGAUCGCCCUGUCGAACGACGAGAUCGCCCCGUCGAACGACGAGAUCGCCCUUUCGGACGUCGAGAUCACCUCUUCGAACGUCGAGAUCGCCCCGUCAAACGUCGAGAUCGCCCCGUCGAACGACGAGAUCGUCCUGUCUAACGACGCGAUCGUCCUGUCGAACGACAAGAUCGUUCCUUCGAACGUCGAGAUCGCCCCGUCGCAUAUCGAGAUCGCGCCGUCGAAGGUCGAGAUCGCGGAAAACGACAGUGUUCAGAACCUCCCUACGAGUACACCCAAACAAAUCGUCGAAGAGACCUCGCCGGCGAAAAGCGACGCGACCGAAACCCGGCCACCCGAAGCGGGGCCCGACAGCCCUCCGGCCGCCGGUCUCCCCCGCCCCGCUGAGCUGGAGUCCCGCGCGCCCCCCGCCGACAGGUGAUCGUUCCGGGCCGCGCCCGCAGCGCCGCCCCCCCGCCCCCCGCUGCAGCCCCGCGACGUCGACCGCCACCACUGAACUGUGCCAGUCGGCGGCGCUCGGUGCGACUGACGACGACGCCGACUCUGGUGACCGGUUCACCGAGAGAUAGCCCCGUCGCGUCGGGUCGCCGCGCGAGCGUCACGUCAGAGGGCAGUCGGCGUGUCGGCGUCGAGCAAUGUUUACCUCUGUAUAUGAUCUGUGAUGACGGGAACGUACAUUUUAUUUCAACAGUUUUAUCACAAUUUAGUUUUUACCGUAGGGACAUUUAUAUUUACUUUUUUGUAGACGAGUAUGUUUUUAUACGUUUCCCGGUUGCGAGUGACGUUUUACAAUGAAAUACGAAUAGAAUAAAUGAUAUAAAACGACGGUCCAUUGAAAAUAUUCGUGCUUUUUGAACUUUGUAAUCUGUAGGUGUAUACUAUAGGCUAUCCGGGUGACUACGUUUUACUGUACUCUAGUACCGAAGAUUGGGUCUUUUUGCUAAGGUCACAUUUGAAUCCUUAGGGCGGGGGUCGGGAGGGUCGUCGGUUCGGAAUCUUGGGAACAAUGGUGUUCCUACGGAGGUAGAAGUUUUGUGUAACUGAGAGAGCUUAACGUAGAUGUACGAUGUACUGUGAUUUUGUAAGAUACAGCACUAGAAAUGUAUACCCUCAUCAGUUAUUUAUUAGUAAAUGUAGGAAAUGAAUGAUAGAUAAUAUUCAGUGACACAUUGUGAAUAGGUUGCCUAGUUAAAUUGUGGCCAAAUACAUUUUUCAUACAAAAUCUAGGAAACCAUGAAUUAAAUCUAAGGAAACUUAUUACACUAAAAUAAAGCAUACAAUAAGCUUUCAUUUGACAUAUUACCGGCUAAGACGUACCGCCAAGCGAUUUAGCGUUCCGGUACGAUGCCGUGUAGAAACCGAAAGGGGUGUGGAUUUUCAUCCUCCUCCUAACAAGUUAGCCCGCUUCCAUCUUAGACUGCAUCAUCACUUACCAUCAGGUGAGAUUGUAGUCAAGGGCUAACUUGUGAAGAAUAAAAAAAAAUAUAUAUUAUACGACUAAAUAACCAAUAAGGGUAUUUGUAUAAUUAAUUAAUUAUUUAUAUCUGGCAACCCCAGAGUUGCAGUGUGAAAGCAAACAACCUUUACGUUUUCAAUUCUGUUGGGUAUAUUCUUUUAACUAGUAUACACUUUUUAUUAAUGAAGUAAAAUUAAUCAUUUAAUACUUAUCGGGUGCAAUGUUACUGGGCAAUAUAUUUGCAUAUGUCAAUGAGCAUAUUUCCUAUCAUUUAUUUGCUACCCCAAACAACAGAUGAGUGUGUAUAUCCUUCCGCCGGAUCUCGUACUGUAGUGCGUGUACAUACGCUUCGCUGUGUCCGCCGCUGUAGCCGCAGCUCCUGCUGUGAGGCGCUGUAGCCGCAGCUCCUGCUGUGAGGCGCUGUAGCCGCAGCUCUUGCUCUGAGGCGCUGUAGCCGCAGCUCCUGCUGUGAGGCGCUGUAGCCGCAGCUCCUGCUGUGAGGCGCUGUAGCCGCAGCUCCUGCUGUGAGGCGCUGUAGCCGCAGCUCCUGCUGUGAGGCGCUGUAGCCGCAGCUCUUGCUCUGAGGCGCUGUAGCCGCAGCUCCUGCUGUGAGGCGCUGUAGCCGCAGCUCUUGCUCUGAGGCGCUGUAGCCGCAGCUCCUGCUGUGAGGCGCUGUAGCCGCAGCUCCUGCUGUGAGGCGCUGUAGCCGCAGCUCCUGCUGUGAGGCGCUGUAGCCGCAGCUCCUGCUGUGAGGCGCUGUAGCCGCAGCUCCUGCUGUGAGGCGCUGUUUUAUUUCCAGUGAUUUUACUCGUAAGUAAAUUUUAUUGAAUGUUAUUCGGCAGCUCGCCUGCCGAUCGACACGUGUUCAAUAUCCCCGUAGCAACGCAGAUAUGUAGCUAAAGGAGGAAUUAUAUUUGUCUCACGUGUCGUGUCGUGACGUAUCAGAACAGAAUCGGUUACCAGGGCCGGCCCGUCCAUACGGCGAACGGAGCAGUCGCUCCAGGCGCCAAAUCCUAGAGGGCGCCGAAAUGAUAAUCCUACUCAACCGUAGACAAUACGGCGCCUGAUUUUAAAUUGGUCACCCCAGAGUAUGGUCGAGAUGCGUCUCAUUCUUACUUCACACUCAUAAUUUGGUAUAGGUAUCUACAUAUUAUUAGGAACAAACAGGAGAGGCGCCAUAAUUUAAUCUCGCUCCAUUUUAAAAUUUACUUCGGGCCGACGCUAUCGGUUACAUACGUUUUGUAUACGGCAUAUCAGAAGCCAUCACGACAUGUUACAACGCAAGUGUAAACGUAACCAAAUAAAAUGUAUGAUACCGAUUCUGUUCUGAUGCGUCACGACACGACACAUCAGACAAAUGUAAAUCCGGCUUUGAUACUCCGCCGCGUCUGAAUGUUCGUACCGCAUAGUGAUUAACCUCGACGUGUUGUUAAAUAGCAGAUUCUUGACUAGAUUAAAUUCUAAACAGUAUUCGGCUAAAUAUUAAAGCGAUUAAUUUAUUUAUGCAGGUUUAUGCUGUAACAAUUUUGGGGAUUUAUUUUUUGGUCGCAAGAUAUCCUCUCUAGGUUGAUUUGAAUAACGAAUCAAUAGAAAUCCUGUGCACGCGUAACCUAAAGGUUGGUUCAGACGUGUGUAAUGCGUAAUGUAAGAUUACGUGUAAUUUAGUGUCAACAGUGUGGACGCCACAUGAACUCAAAGCGAAUUGUGUACGCAAAUCUAUUUCAAGCGUUUUCCAACAGUUGUGAGCACUGCGACCGAACCGACAGCCGAUGGAUCAGUGAGCGUAACAAGUAAUGCUCGUAGUGCCGUCCCUAUAUAGAAUUUGAAUUACAACACACGGUGGAUUACAUUACGCGUUACACACGUCUGGACUCGGCUUUUUUGUCGUGUAGGUGCAAGUUUUAAUGUUGUGUGUGUUGCUCGAAAAUGUGAGUUUCGAAUUUCUCUCUAUCUAUAAUACCGUGUUAUACAAAGAGCAAGAUAGCAGUGAAUUCGAAAAUCAUACUGUCGAGUUAUAAAACAUGGAAACAGAAUAUCGGGAUCAUUAUCUGUCGACUCUGUAGCAUAUAAUGUUUUCCUGCAUAACAUAUGCUGAACAAAAUAUCAGUUUUUGUAUCUCUCAAUGAAGUGGCAGUAUUAAAACUAAAACAAAUAUCAAACGGUCGGUUUGGUUGACUUUCUCCUCAACAAGACAACUUCGCGCAGUGACUCAGUCUGCCAUUCGCGCGUCGCUGAUUAACGCAACUGCUAAGUGAAUUGACGAGAACGUUCCCGAAUUGUACGCGCAAGCUCUUUGAUGACACUCCCAUGACAUGCGGGCGACGGGGGGAAAGGCUGCGCGGGUAUGAAAUCGUACGUGCGGUGCAUUAGUCGUGUGUUUUUCGUUCAUCGCUACACGCCCCCGCCCCCCGCUCGCGCGGACCAUCAGGAGUGUUACGAACGAACUUGGCAACUUUGUGUUAAAGGAUCCAUAUCGAAAAAUAUAUCAGUGAACAUAUCGGUAUCGCAUUAUGUCGUUGCUUCCGCUCUGCCUCGCCGUGUGGAGGCGCAAACACGUUGGUCGGUAGUCGAUUCAUUACUACAUAUUGUUAUUGUGAAGUAUUAUGUCGUGCAUAUUAUGCGAAUGUUAUUUGUUGAUGUAAACGUGAAAAUGGAGAUUUUGAGUGACUCGUUUCUUAAUCUUUGUUAUAUUAUAUUAUUAAGUUAUGAUAUUGAAAUGCAGAGUAUAAAAUUAACUGCGAACUUGGCACGAUUUUAAAGCGAUUAAUUUAUCGCUUUUUUGUUGUAUUGAUGUAGUUGUGUGUUGUAUAUAUUACGUGUCUAAAGUGGUGCCUAGAAUGCUGCCUGCGUUUCCUUUUUUAUUUAGCAAGAAAAUAUGAAAUUGUCGUGAAAUUGCCGCACCAAAGUGAUCACUGUCUCACUUAAUCAUUACACUUUACGUUGUGACUUCGUAUGUGCAAACUUACAAAUAUAUUCUUUUUACGAAAGAUUCCAUCGCUUUGGUGCAACAUUCGUUUUAAAGAACAAUCUGCAAAGUGUAUUUAUACCUUUUCUUGCAACAUAUGUAUAAAGUAUUUUUAUAAUUAUGUUCCGCCUACAAUCAAGCCGAUAUCAACCUCUACUGUAUAUCAUGGUCGUGGCUACCGUACAAAAUUCAACAUGUGAUUGUUAGAUGCUACAGUUUUAACAUCUGACUUCCAAAAGGGCACAUAGAAAUGUAAACGAAAAAAGAACAAAAAUGUAUUUUAAUAAUUCCAAUUAAUGUUAUGUUGAUAAGAAAAGAUUUUCGACUCGUUAAAGACUCGAUUUUUUAAAAUAUAGUAUCUCAGGCAUGGGCGUAGCCAGGAUUGUAUCUAUGGCGCGGGGGGGGGCAGCUAUACUAAAAUUGAGUAUCCCACCAAUUGAAACUGUCCGACCAAACCAGUUUUUCCUGCCGAAACCGAAACCGAAUUUCAGCGUCAGCCUCAGUUUCGGGUUCAGCCGGUUUUCAGCUCGAACGAUUAUUUCAUAAGUAACCGUCCGCUCUGUCCGUACCUCGCUACGCCCAUGAUCUCAGGUACAUUAUAGUACAGCACGCGGCAAACUUAGAGUCUGCUCUGAACACGAGGCGCAGUAUACAAACCAUAUCUCAGCGGGGUUGAAUGCCGCCGUAGUUCGGCGUGUUGUGUCUUAGCUGACUACAAGUUUGGCGCGUAUUAUACGAGAUUUUGUGUUCAGGAACCGGGGUCUUUCGUCGGUCGAAACGUGUGUAUACACACUAAUGUGUGUAUAAUAUCAUUGUGCAAUAAUGUACGCAUUGCAAACGUCCUACACAUAUUGUUUCCUCGUAUCGUCGUGGGCUGGGCUCGUAGCAGUGGCGUAGCGUGCCUUGGAUUUUUUUAUAGCCAAAAUUAGUUGGGGGGGGCCAAUACAAAUGAGAGGUUUGAAUUUUACUCACAAAAGAAACAAAUACGCGCACGCAUAACUCGGGAAAAAAAGUUAUUUUACUUUUGUUAUUACUAAAAUUAUUUGUUUUUUUUUAAAGCACCAGAUUAAGUGAGAUUGUGUAUCACACGUAAGGGGUAUCAUUGAUACAAUUAACACGGCGGUAGCUACGACCCUGGCUCGUAGGCUCGCCUCGCUCAGCGCCACGAACAUGUACUGUAGCGUGCGCCUGUGUGCGAGCCUGUGAUUGUUGUGAUGUGUGCGGGCGGCGCCGUGACGUCACCGGCGUACGCGCGACUACAUCGUGGAUACGAUAAUUCACUGCAAUACCCGCUCUACAUUCACAGCGUUCGCUGGCAAAGUGUCAUGCCGGCUCCACAUGAGUGCCGUGAAGCUCCGUGAACGAACGCUGUGAGUGUAGAGUCCUUAAAUUAAUAUACCAGAUUUUAAUGGUGGUUUAAAAGCGAAACAGUAUUGAAUACGUAUUUCACAGAUGUAAAUAUCGAUAAAUCAUUGUCGCGUGUUGGUGACGUCACGGCAGCGGCGUCGCUCUAAAGGUGCUAAAUAUAAGAUUAUGUCCGUUGUCCGUUGUAUGUGUGAGUGCGCCGGCGACGCACCGGUGUCCGCGUCCUGGGGCGAGCAGAUCCUGGGGCUGGGGUUGUAGACAAGUUACGUCAGUUAUCGCUACAAACGCUAAUACUAAAAAAUGUAUGGGAAUGACGUAUACGAUUCGUAAGUUGAUCACGUGAUACAUUGAUUGAGAAUGUCAUCGCCCUACAUUUAUUUGUUUUCGAAGCGUUAGCGAUAAUCGCCUCUUUGCUUGAAUAACGCGAUAUCUCGAAAACAUACGAGUAUAGGAGGCUACUUUUAACUUCAAAAAAACAUUUCGUGUCGAAAAUAAUGUGUUUAUGUAAAUUUAUGUUGAAAAAGACAUUAGUUUUUUUAAUUAAAAAGUAACCUGUAAAAUUGUGUAUUUUUAGAGAUAUCAUAUUAUUAAAGCAAAGAGGCGGUUCGUAGAAAGAAUUGAUGUGUAACUUGGAUAUAGAGCCUGCAGUUUGCAAAAGAGUCGGUUCUCUUAGUGGAGUAGUAAAGAAUUCACUGCGAUUGCUGGUCCCUCAUGCUUGUACUGAAUGUCGUAGAUUUUAAUUUUGUGUAAACAGACUAUAAUUGUGUGACACUCUCAAAGUUUUAAAAACUUUCUCGUAUUUGGGCGAAAUUAUUACACCGGCCCGGUUGAUAGCGAAGUCGGAACUGUGCGUCGUUCGGCUUCAAGUAUUUAAUUUUAAUAUUUAGCAGUAAUGCUGUGAAACGUAAACAAUUAUGUUUAGUGCAAUUAGUUGCCUCUCGUUGUCGUUGUCACGUUUAUUUGUACAAUAUUGUGCAAGUGUAGCGGCGGACUCGGCCGUCGCGUCGCUCGGUACUGCGCACGCUUCAGUGCACUCUCGCACGGUUCAUGUAUGACAUGUGACAUGACAUCCAGUGACAAGUAAUGGAAGAUUAGAUUCUAGAAUUCUGCUACCUCCAAAGCUAUCACUGAAUAGUUGCCUGCCGUUUCCUAUGGUAGCAACUUUUUAAGCUUUUAUGAAAUGUGGUAGGUGUGGCCAUCGGAGGCUCUCAAUCCAAUAGUGUUUGUGUUACGGUGGAAUAGAGCCACAAGCCGUGUUGUUGGUAAUUGAAAGUUUCGAGUGACUUUGGAGGGAUCGUGUCUAGUUCCUAGAGUCAGUCCAGUAUCAUGGCAGCGACCGCGUACUGUGAUAUAUUGUAUCUCCUCAGUACAGGGCCUUGGUAUCGGCGGGUCGCAUCGGCCCCAAGCGUCCCCACUAAACGGUCAAUCAUUAAGGUUUAUCGCGACGCGACACUGGCCGCCCGGGGUGUAGGGUAACAUGACUACCUUCCCAAUUUACAGGCUGAGAAUGUUUACUGUUAAUUUCUCAGGAUAAAGUUCAGUACCUACUUCGUAGGAGCUCGUUACUCGAAGCCGCAGACUAACCAGUCUGUGGCUCGGAGGAUCUUGAGAUACAGUUUUUUUCAAACUGAAAUCAGGAUCUUCAGCACCAAUGUAAACAGUUAAUGUGUUAUAUUAGCAAUCAAUUUCAUUCAACGCAGCUGUUCGUUCUAUAUUAACUUAAUACAUUUCAAUGGCUCACGUGGACAUACUUGGGUCUGUGGGAGAACUUGGUAACAAUAAUAUUGCAUGUUUGCGGCUACCUAAUGAAAAUGCGCGAAAAUACAUCUCGUGCCCAGUCUUAUUAAAUGUAAUGUGGUCCGGCUCACAAAUCAGUGUGGCUAGACUGAGGCCCACGGAGAUAUGCUCUUACAUGUAUUUAGUCAAAAGUAUGCGACCAAAAUAUAAACCUAAUUAAGCUCUAGGUGAAAACUUGGUGUGGCACGACCUACAGAGGCUCACAACUGAUCCAUAGUUAUAAUUGAAAUGAAAUAAGCAUUGUACCUUCGCGAAAAUGUUUUAAUUUAUUCUUAUAUUUUGACCACACACCAUGACCACACGAGAUGACAACGAAGUAAUCGUUUUUAAUUUAUUAUGAGCAAUUUAGAAGGACUGAAAAUUAAUUAUUACUUAAUGAAAUUUAACUGUCAAAAUUGGAUACAGAUUUUAACAUAUUUUAUGGACAUUGCUGUCCAGUGUCGCAGUUGAAUGUCGCAGUGUACCAGGAGCAAGCUGAUGUAUUGUUGUGUUAGAUUUAAAUAAAAUUUAUAUUAUAUUGACAUGUCAAAUUACGAGUCAAUGCUUUAAAUAAAUGAAGUUACAAAAAUGAAUUCCGUAUUGUAUGAUUGUAUUGACGUUAUCUUGUAUGAACUGUGGUAGAUCUUCACGUGAACGUUAAACGUAUGUUAUGUCGUCGUGUAGAGCAGUGCCUGUGUGUGCGGUCGACAACACAUGUACACUUGGAAGCACAGAAAUCGAACCGCCUGUUAAUAUGUUGAAUGAUUCGAUCGAAUAAACAAACACUGUUUAUAGGUAAUUUAAUGCGCCUUAAAAAAACUUUGAGUCGGUACUCUUAACAGUAGAGUAUGUAUUCCCUAAUUCCUGAACACAAUGUUUUUUUGUUCUUUAGAUAUCGGGUGUGAUUGACAGGAAUAUAAUUUAAAUACAAUUAAUAUAGAUCAAAUGAAGCGACCAGCACGUCUACAAGAUGAAUAAUUCUACGAAAAGUAUGUUACGUUCUUAGAGUUUAAUUUUAUAGUUAAAAUUACAAGGCACUGUCCACUUGUAUUGGGUAGGUAUGUCAUUUUUCCAACGGUAGAUAUUUUCACAUUUAAGUACAACUCGGAACCAAAUACCGUAACAACGAAAAAUAGAAAUUGCAGAUGGCUCACUUUCUUUGCUCCCAAGUGUAGUGGGCGUGUGGCGAUAAACUUGAUAGUUUUAUAUAGUUUCUACAGUAAAAUGUAUAGUUUCACCUAAACUAUUGUCAACGUAACUAUUUUAGAAACCACAAACGUUGUUAUCAGUGGCGUGCUUAGGAUUGCCGGUAGACAUUGAGACAGAAGACCAAAUGUGAUGCAUUAUCCAUAGGUCCCUGCUACUGAAUAAUAUGACCAAUAAACUAAGGUUGCCUAAAGUCGUUCCCCGUAAAAAUAUAAUACUGAAAUAAUGCCGGGGUAAGACUUUAUGCUACCUACACAAUUUAAUUGGUAAUAUUAUUAUUGCGUGUGUGCGGCUAGCCUUAGAGACUAAUCUCUAACCGUGAAAAUGUAUGCGAUGUAUCGUUGGGCUAUCUCUAAAGCUAAGGCCAAUCCACGGCGUCCAGUCACGUCAGCGGUGGCGAUCUCUGUGUACCAUUCAAAUAUGGAGUCCUUGCAUCGCAUUAGGUAGAUCAUCCAUGCUCUGCGGGGUCCACGCACGCCACCGCGCGGCUUGCCCGUAGCUCGACCAGUGCACGCCACUGGCAGAGGCAAGGGUGAUGUGUUCUGUUUGCGAUGAUUGAUGUUGGUGUAAAGUGCGUCGAGCCGAGUGUCGCGGACCCUCGGCUUGCGUCCGUCUGCUAACGAGAACUGUGCCUUCCGGGCGCCGGGCCCUCCCCCUCCCACCCCUCACACUCGCACUAUACGAACCUACCGCUUCCACUGAUGCUGGCACUAGGACUCUUCACAUCUUGCGAUCCUAUUUGUUGUUUAUACACUUUUAGAAUCAAUUACAGCAAACAUGAAGCAUUUCAUGAUGCACCACAGGUGAAUAGUUAUAUUAGAAUACCUACUCUUAUAAUGCAGUCGUAAUUUUCGACGCAGCUUUUUGUUGCUACGAGUCAGGCACAUGGAUUGUUAGGUUUGUAUAGUGUGCCGCAAGUGUAGUCCCCUCCCCCUCCCGCGCCGCGCCCGUCCGCCCGAGACAUAAUAAAUGCUCGUAAUGUAUUCUAUUGUAUUUAUUAUAUCAUAGUUAAAAAGUUUUAUUAAAAAAGUUGCUCAAU